AUGGCGAACACCCAGUUUGAGGUCAGGGAGAUCACCACCAAACAAGAAUAUGCCCACCUCAAUGAUGUCCUUUGGACGGCUAAUUUCCACCCCUACCUGCCCGUGUUUACUGCCUGUCAUCCCGUGACCGGUCACACCCCGGAAGAGUACACCAAAGAUCGAGCUCUAGACACUGAUAUCCAGUGGGCCAACCACCUCAAGAAUCCUGCUUCCAGCUUGAUCUGCGCCGUAGACAAAGCAAGCGGUAACGUGGUUGGUGGUUGCGAAUGGUGGAUCUUCCACGAAAAUCCUUUCCCCAAUGGACCUCAACCGAUCCCAUGUACUUGGUUCCCUGAGGGUUCCGAGCGCGCCGAGUUCGCCUCUCAACUCCUGAGUAAGAUGUUCUUUCCGCGGCAGUGUUGGUUUCAGCGGCCUCAUGCGGGUGUUAACAGGAUGGGCGUCCAUCCGAACUAUCGUCGACGCGGUGUCGGGCGACUUCUUAUGGAGUGGGGGCAAGAGAAGAUUGAUCAAUUAGGCUACGAGAGCUUUAUUGAGUCCAGUCCGAUGGCUCGUUGGUUAUAUGAGGAAUACGGGUAUCGAAACAUAAUGGGCUUGCAUCUUGACUUCGCGAAGAAGAAUCCUAGCGAUGAGUGGGAGAGAUUGAAGUAUGAAUGUCGCCCGCCGGGGGUCUUGUUACUUUGGCGCCCCCCAAAAGGAGUCUGGGAUGAGAAGGUACCCCCGGGGCCUUGGGCUGUUACAAAGGAGACGUGGAAGUAG